AUGGCUGAAGCACUUGCCGUCAUUGGCUUGGUUGCUAAUAUAACUCAAUUCAUCGACCUUGGGACCAAGAUUGCCCGAAGAAUGGACGAGAUGAGGCUCAAUAAUGACGAAGCUCCCCGGGUCUUUCGGACGAUCCGUGGCCAAGUUCCUCUCCUUGUUGACACCCUGCAACGCUUGAAAGAACGUAGUGAGAAGGGUGAUCUCAGCCUGGAGACAGAGAAGGCUUUGAUGCCUGUCAUUGAUGGCUGCCUCUCCGAGUUAGACUCUGUUGACAAACUGAUCGAGAAAAUUGUGCCAGUGGCGGGAGACUCGUCGUGGCGGCGAAAUUUCAAGGCUUUGUCCAGUGUGGCGACGGAGAAGAAGGUGCAAAAUAUCAUCAGUUCUCUUCGCGACUACAUACAAAACCUUACUCUCUACCAAACAGUCCAAACCGCCAACUCUCAAAUGGCGUCAUUUAGAGAAAAUACUAAAAGUGAUCCGAUCUUUAUGGUGCCGUUCGAGAGGGACUCGAAAUACGUAGAUCGUUCCGACAUCACGGCACAACUUGACGCCAAAUUAAGAUCCAAUCGUCGCGCUGGACUUGCCGGUCUCGGUGGUGUUGGAUACCGCGAACGCGAUCCUGAGGCUCAUAUUUUCUGGAUUCACGCCAGCGAAGCGGCUAGAGUCGAUCAAUCUUAUAAACACAUUGCCAAAAAGCUCAACUUACCUGGUUGGGACGACCUGAGCCUGAAUACCUUCGAGCUUGUUAGCGAAUGGCUCAAUACACAUGGUCGAUGGUUGCUUGUUUUGGACAAUGCUGACGAUCUUGAUCUCUUCUUCGGACCACCCGCGUUCUCUGACCAGCACAAGCAAAUGCAUCAGUAUCUCCCUCGUUGUGAGGAAAGUAGCACUAUCAUCACCUCACGAGAUACAAAGGUGGCUUACCGACUUUCUGACCGAGAAGACCCUAUAGUCGUCGAAAACAUGACAGUGGAAGACGCUGAAACACUCCUAAGGUCAAGAUUAUCUCAAGACAAUCUCCACCCAAGAUAUGCCAAUGACCUUAGACAGCUUCUUGAUAUCUUAGACCGCAUGCCUUUAGCAGUCACCCAAGCAGCAGCAUUUGUCACUGAAAACAACAUCGAGGUCUCGGAGUACAUAGACAUCCUUCGGGUCAACCAAGCGGAGGUCGAAGAUCUCCUAUGCGAAGAUCUAGGAGACCACAGGCGAUAUUCAGAAGCUCCGAGCUCAGUGCUGGAGACUUUAAAGCCGUCAUUCGAUCAAAUAGUCAAGCAGAAGCCGCUUGCUGCUGAAUUACUGUCAUUCAUAGCAUUCCUCGAUCGCAAUAGCAUUCCAAAAAGCUUGCUCAAGCGUGAAGGCGUUCGGACCCUUGACUUUGUCUCAGCACUUGGAACGCUACAGAAUUUCUCCCUCAUCAGCACUCGCCGAGGCGGCAAAAGUAUCGACGUGCACCGAUUGGUGCAAAUAUCGAUCCAAAGAUGGUUGCGUGGGGAACGAGAAACAUGGCAGAACGAGACUGUUCGAGCGUUGUCAGAACGCUUGCCAGUUGGAUCUUAUGAAAAUUGGGACGAAUGCGAGGUCUUGUCACCUCACGCCCAGACUGUACUUUCAUAUAGUAUUGAGGGCGAAGAAGCAGCGUUACGGCGAGCCAAGAUUCUGCACAAUCUUGCAACGCUUGAUGAGCAACAAAGCCGUUACGGCUCCGCCGAGAAAAGACUGAGGGAGGCUGUUAAUGUGCGUAAAGCUGUACUUGGAAUCGCAAACAGCGAUACGAUACGGAGCAUGAGCUCUUUGGGCGAAGUCCUUUUUCGCGAAGCUCAGUAUACUGAGGCUGCUUCAGUGUUGGGGAUCGCGAUAGAAGAAAGCUCAAAGCUUUUUGGUCCCGAGGCAGAAGAGACACUAUACAACGUAGCUUUGAAAGCUGAGGUAGUGCAAGGAUUAGGAGACUUUUCUGAUUCUGAAGAGCUUUUCCGGCGAUCACUGCAGGGUGAAGGAAAAUCUCUAAAGGAUGCCGAUGCAAUGAGGAUAGCAGACAAUUUUGGUGCAGUGCUUCGAGACCAGAAGAAGUACGAGGAAUCAGAGUACUGGAUCAAAAAGGGUCUUUUGGGCCGCGAGCGAAUUUUCGGAGAGACCCAUCCGUCCACGCUGAGGAGCGUCAAUCAUUACGCAUUGAUUCUCCAGCUAUUAGGUCGACUUGACGAAUCAGAGACAAUGGCACAAAGAGCGAUUUCCGGAUCUGAGAUUCUUAUGGGCCGCGACCAUCAUCAGACGCUGAUGAGCGUUCAUACGUACGGGGAUCUUUUGCGGGUCAUGGGUCGCUAUGAGGAAGCCAAAGAACAAUUUCGGCGAGCUUUGGAGGGCUUCACCAAAGUGCUGGGUCCGCAGAACCGCGCUACGAUGAGAAUCUUGCAUUCACUAGGCCUGAUUGAGGAAAUUCAAGGGAACUUGAUCAACGCGGAGAGCCUUUUACGACAAGCUGCCGAAGGAGAGACGACAAUCCUGGGGCCGACACAUGCAUUCACGGUGGAGAGUAUGCACGAUCUCAAGAGGGUUUCGACGAUGAUUCAGCUCCAGCAACACAACUUGACUAGCCCGUCGCCUGCCUCAUGA